AUGAGUUACAUGUAAGAUAUACUACUUGCUAAUUUCUUCUAGUUAUGGGACAUUAAAGGUAGCGCUAAAUGUCUUAAGAAUCUUAAACCUAAUAGAAAGAAUGACCCAAAUACACCCAGUAAACAAGGAAAAAAUCUACUGAAAUACACUACUUUAGCAUUCGGAACUCAGAAGCAAUCAUUAGUAGACACAAUUAUUAGUUCUUAAUAAAAAAAGAAGACUAAUUAGUGUCCUUAGUUAAUUGAUAUUAGUUUUGACGAUAACUACACAAUCGAGUCAUUUUAACACUCCAUAGUUUUGAGAAAUCUAAAAACCAAAUAGGUCAUAGCCAAAUAUGAAGGUCAUCAAUACAAGAUAAGAAAUCUAUGCUUCGCUUAAAAUAGCUAAAGCUAUGUAUUCUUAUCAUCAGCAAACAGUGAAUGUCUUGUAUGGAAUCCCAAGGAGGCAUUAAAAAGCAAUAAUAGUUAAUAAAUAAAUGAAGUUUCAUAACCUGAUAAAAUACUAGAUUUAGGCUCAUCAGAUAUGAUUCAAUCUGUAUCAUCUACUGAAGUAGAUGAUCAUGUAUAUAUGGUGGCAGUUUCAACAGAAAACUAUACAAAUAUUUACUAUACUAAAUCAGCAGGAAAUCAAUCAGCUAAAAAAGCUUCUGCAAGCAAAAGCAUUGUUAAGAAAAGAGAAACAUAAAUCAAGCUAUCAAAUUCAAAUCAUUAAAUUAUUUCACAAAUAAUAGGAUCUCAAACACAUAUAAACAUAAUAUAUGGAUCAGUAUUUGCAAUUAAGAAGAGUUUAUUAUCAUUAACUAACGAUCAAGGCAAAAUAGAAAGAGAAAUUACUCUUGGUAAAAGUAAUGAGGAAGAGAAAAAGAAUUAGUUAUCAAAGAAAAAAUUGAAUCAAGAGGAAGGCUACAAUGUUUUGGGUAUUGAAGAUGAGGGUAAUGCAAAAAUAAAUGGACUUUUUAAAAAUAGAAAACAAUCAAAUUAGUUGAAUCUCUCACUUUUGCCUGAUAAUGACUUAGACAAUCUAGAAUCUAAAAUGACCUCUGUUAGUUCUAAAAAGCAAUCUAAACCAGUGUCCGGAUCUCUUUCAGUCAUACUUUCUUAAGCAUUAACUGCUGAUGAUACAGAAACACUAGACUGGAUUAUGAGUUAAAGAGACCAAUAAAUGAUUACUUAAACUUUAAUAAAUUUAAAAGAACACAGACAUAUAAGUGCACUUUUCAAACAGAUUGUAAUAAAAUUCUAGCAAGAAGGAGGAUCAUAAGGAAAUACUGAUAAUGCAACUUAGACUCAAUUGAGUGCGGUUAUGUGGUUAAAAACAUUGUUGGCAUUGCAUUGGCCAUAAUUAAUUAAGAGAGCUGAUAAGGAAGAUUUGAAAAACUUAGGUGCAAUUCAAUCCUAUAUUUAAAAGAAAACAAAAUAUAUGGACAAGAUACUCAUAUUAAAAGGAAAACUUGAAAUGCUCCAGAAUACUAUUGAAAUCAGAAAAUAAAUUAACUAAGCCAAUCCAUAAAAAGAUAGUAAAUCAACAAAUAAUAAAGCUCUUUUGGUAUAUAAAGAUGCUGAUGAUGAGGAAGAUGAGAUCAUGAAAGAGGAUAGUCAAAAAGAAGAUGAUUUUGAGAAUGAUGAUGAUGAGAGUGAAGAUGAAGAAAUUCAAGAAAUCGAUAUUAAGACCAAGAAGAGAGUAAAGAGAGACAAUAUUGAUAUUGAAGAUGAUGAGGAUCUAGGAGAUGAUUUAGACGACUCUGUUGAAGAAUCAAAGCAAGAUAAUGAUGAAGACGAUUAGAUUGGAGAGGAUGAAGACGAGGAAAUUGACUCGGAAAUCUAUGGCGGGGAGGACGAUGAUGAUGAUGAAGAUAAUUAUGACAAACUUGCAGAAAGCUCAGAUGAUGCUGAAGGAGGCGACAUUGAAAUGCAGGAUGAUGAAGAUGAAGAGUCAGAUGAACCCCCAGUUAAGAAACCAUCCACCACAAAGAAAUCUGGAUCUACAAGAAAAUGA